UUUACAUGUAGCUGUAUUCAAACUGGCAUUGUUCAGACGGAAUUUCAUAAUUGGACAUCAGAUGUUGGUCCACAUAAACAGAACAUUAUGUGUCCAAAUUCAUGUACCAAGGAAGAAAUUAAAAAUAGGUGUUGUGCUUGUAAAAGCAAACCAAUUUGGGAGAUUUUUUCGAAUAUAUCAUAUAAACCAUUAUAUAUGGAAUACCUGAACCCCACUGGCCAUUGUAAAAUUGUUACAAACGAAACGUUAACUGGAUUCAAAUGGAUACUUCAUCAGGGCGGAAGGAUGACGCAAUUGCCAAAUAAUAUUUGUAGUUUUAGUGAUAUUCUGGUGACAGUGGACUUUCAAAGAAACAGACUUUCAAACAUUGAAGGAAUUAAUUGCCUAAAGGCCUUGGAUUCUUUAGAUGUAAGUUAUAAUGACAUACAGUUCAUUACAAACACUACUUUCAAGAAUAUGCCAAACUUACGGAUACUUAGAAUGGCUCAUACUGGCAUCAAAUCACUUCAACCUUACAUAUUUGAACUACAAAAUACGGAGAUCUUUGUGAUAGAUUUAUCGCACAACCACUUUGAUAAUUUACACAUCUCCAAUAUUUACCCGAAGAGAAGUGUUUUCUGCAACAUUUCAUUCGAUGAAUCAAACCUUACAUUAACAGAUGUUCCUGAAUUCAAAAUAUCUCUCCAAGAGAGUUAUGGAGGUGGGGAUAUUAUUUUUGGAACAUGUAAAACAAACAAACAUCCCCUUUCUGUCAUAUUUAAGGAACCAUCGGAGAUCAAAAAAGCCUAUCAAUAUAAUCACACUGGGGCUUUCGAGUUCUCAAAAUUAACCAUGCCCUGUGAUUGCCACCUAGGAGAACUCCUCUUGUCAGAAAAGGAUAUGUUCGAGAGAUUUUAUUCCAUUCCAAAUAAAACACAGUAUAUAUGCCUUUCUCCAGAAAAUAUGAAAGGUAUCGAUGUACUCAAAACAUUCAAUAACAUCUCAGUGUUUGAUCAAUUUAUAUGUCAUAAAACAAAUUUUUGUCCCGAGAAAUGCACGUGUAUUGAACAACCAAGUCAAAUGCGAAUGUUAGUAGACUGUUCCAAUGCGAAUUUAACAAAAAUUCCAGACAUAGUUCCUCAGACCAAUUAUGAUAUCGAAUUGAAUUGCAGCAAUAAUAAAAUAACCAAGCUCACUUCUCCAAAGACUCUCAAUAAUCAUUCAUAUUUAUCAAAUAUUACUCUUUUCGACUUGUCUAAAAAUGAGGUUCAAACAAUCGAAGAUAAAUUUCUGGAGAAGUUCAAUAAGACCUCGAGUCGUCUCAAAUCCCUUCUUUUGCUGGAUCAUAAACUCAUAGAACUUCCAGUACUAUUCAAAAGCAUUGACCCAGAUAAAGUCUGGUUUGGCAAAAACAGUGUAUCAUGCGAAUGCAAGGAUGAGUGGAUCGCCAGUUGGAGAUCAUCUGUGCAAAAUAAAUCUUCAAAUCCUUUGUUUUGCACCAAUGCGAAUGGAGUACGACAAGCAGCAGAAGAAGCUUUUUCGGAUUGUUAUGAAGAUGAAUUUGACCAAAUUAUUUUUAAUCUCUUCCUUAUACCUGCUGUCGUCUUGGUGACUGCGGCAGUUGCUAUCUACUUUAGAUAUGAUUUUGUAAUUCUAAAGAAUCGUCUUGUGGAUCAUAGGAAGAAAACGUACAAGUAUGAUAUUUUUAUUUUGUCGGAUGACUCAAAUGUGGACGUCAAUAAAUUUGCAAUUGACAUUUUCCUAUAUCUCAAAAAGGAGGGGUACAAAUGUUUCUAUCCCCCCGUUGACGAAGAUGUAGGUACUAUUCGCCAUAUUCAUUUAGACAAAGAAAUAAAGUCAUCCAGAAACAUAAUUAUUAUCAUUUCUAAACCUCUUCAAAAUGACAACUUUGAUGAUCUAACGUUUAGAAUGAAUCAGGCAUGGAAACUGCUUUCCGAAAAUCAGGUUGAAAACUUGCUUGUUGUUUUGUUUGAUGGAAAAAUUACAGAUGAAAAGUGGCGAUUUCCAUAUGUGAGAGCCCUGAGAAGGUUUAAAAGAGUUUUAAAUGUAUGUAGUAGAAAAUACAACGUGAAAAUAAAAAUCAGCGAAACUUUGCCCCCACCCGAAGUUCGUACAUCUAUUUCCUUUACAGAACUACAUGCAUUAGGAGAAUUAGAAUGAUAAAAUUUGAUAACAACUGU